AUGGGAGCAGACUUCGAUAAGUCAACUACCAAGGUCUUCUCGCCCAGUAAGCUGGCCCAUGUUGUGCUUCGCACCAACAAUUUCAGAAACAUGGUCGAAUUUUACCGCAAGUUCCUUGGGGCGGAACACAUCGCAUUCACGUUCAACACCCUUUCAGACCUCCUUCUUGCCUACCGACAGCGUAAACAACAAAGCAUAUCUCCGCUAUGGCCCGUAAAUCAUGGCCCGAAAACUUCGAUUUACUACCGAGAUCCUGAUGGGAACAUGAUCGAAACACAGGUGGAUAAUUUUGAGAACCCCGAUGAAGCAACAGACUUUAUGAAGUCCAAUUUUUUCGCCGAAAACCCCAUUGGCACAGACUUUGAUCCCGAAGACUACAUCACACGUCUGCAGAAUGGUGACAAUGAAAAAAAACUUCUACAGCGUGUCGAGAUUGGCCCACGCGGAGUUCCCGAAUUCGCACAGGGAGCUUGA